UGCAUCGAUAGCAUAGUGAGUGUCCCCAGGAUUCUCGGGACGAUCAUUUUGUUCUCCGUGCAUGGUUUUCGGGAGUGCGUCCAACAAUCGUGCGAAAAGGAAGAAGGCACAGACCAACGUAAGUGCAGGUUGAUCGGUGCGGGGUGUUCUAAGGCGGUUUUCGAAAAAAUCCUGAAGGUGAAAAGUCUACUCUCUCCUAAAACCACGCAAGUUGAUGCAGAAGCCAUCGUCAAGGGCGAACUGAACGCCGAAGAAAAAAUGGAGCCGAAAAGCCUUGACGAGGACGGCGGCAAGGUGAUACAGUACGAAAAGAGGAAAGAGGAACCCGAUGUAUGCGCCGAGGGGGAAUGUACCUGCGACGAUGGCACUCCGAACAACGGCGCUGUCUGUCGGAAAAAGCCUCUGGGAUCCGCAUGUCGUGGCAAGGAUAGCGGGGCGGCGGGCGGCACCUGCGAAAUGAAAGACGUUUACGACGGGCUUCUGUCUUUUGAGAUUGCGGGACACGGAGAGGGUGACUGAGGCUAUGAGAUAUGUGGGGGAGGGUGAUAGCCAAUCCUUGUACAGGGGGUGGUCAGUGGUCCAUAACUUCUGUGCGAAUGUACGGUCUUAUGCGCCCCCCGUAUGUAAUUUGGAUGACACUAGUUGAACAUGUUAGUUGAUUGUUUGAAAGCAGGGUGGUGGUAUAUAGUCCUAACGCAAAA